CUUUACACGACGGCGCACAGCCAGUCUCCGGACGCAGCCGGUUUCAGAGUUCGUCUAUAGUCUGCCCUCCUCACCGCACAAUCGCCAGGGUUAUUUAUAGGUUGCCUUUCUCACUGCCCCAUGGGCCCUCUCUCAUAUACAUCAUUCAUCACCUGUGAAACGUUUGUUGGGCCGCGGUACUCGAUGACUUCUCCUGGGUUGUUCUCUGCUCGGCCCAGACGUGUGGUCUUCCUGAUGCACCUCUUGGCCCACGUCUCCGGCGCCUUUGUCUUGCUUCUCUUCUUCAGUACAGUCGUUGACAUGUACUGCUGUAUAAUUCGACAUGUGCAGAGUUUCCGAAGCUUCUGAGGGCGUGUUUGAGGGCGUUUCUGAUAAAUUUAGCUGAUUAUUAAUCGCCGUGUGUUGAGGGCGUUGUUUACGACUUUCGACUUACCACCCAGGCACCCACCAUGUCCAUGAGGCGGAGUGCAUGAGCCAAAUGCCCAGCGCCGUGCCCGUGCGUGCCGACGCACGCAGCCACCUCCGGCCUCCCUUCGCAUAAACACCCCUCCCCCGACCGACCCUUCCCACUGUCUCUGCUCGGCCGCUCUCCCUCCCCUUUCCAUCGUCUCCCCCUCCCACUCGUCGUGUUCCUCAUCCUCCUGCUGGUAGGUAGCAGCAGCGGCAGCAGUAGCAGCCAGGGAGGCGGUACUGAUUGGGUGGUAGGUAGGUGGAGGCCGCGGCCGCCAGGGAUGGUGGCCGUCGGCGGUGUGCGGCGGAAGCGGGCGUGGCGGUGGGCCAUGCGGGCGGUGGCCAGCGCCGUCGUGUGGACCGCGGUCGUGCAGGUCGCCUCCAUCGCCGGGCUGUUCCGCCCGCGGGUCGUCGCCGACUGCGGCGGGAAAGGCGGCGGCGGCGCCGCGGCCGGGCUCGCCGCUCUCGCCGGCGAGGACAGCGCCGCCGCGAGGCUGUCGCCGCCGGCGCUCGUGCCCAAGAGAAUUUACAAGAGCAACGGCUAUCUACGAGUGACUUGCAAUGGUGGCCUCAACCAAAUGCGAGCCGGGAUAUGCGAUAUGGUUACUAUAGCACGCCAUCUAAAUCUAACGCUUGUGGUCCCUGAAUUGGACAAAAGGUCGUUUUGGGCUGACCCAAGUGAUUUUGGAGAUAUUUUUGACGUGGACCACUUCAUUAAUUCCUUGAGAGAUGAGCUGAUGAUAGUUAAAGAGCUGCCUUUGAAACUCCAGUUAAUAAGAACUAAGAAGAGACUGUACUCCAUGUCUCCUGUCAGCUGGUCGAAUGAAACAUACUACCUAAAGCGGAUACUACCUCUUGCAAGGAAGCACAAAGUAAUCCAUUUCGAUAAAUCAGACGCCCGCCUUGCAAACAACGGCCUUCCAGUUCAGCUCCAGAUGCUGCGUUGCCGUGUAAACUUCGAUGCUUUGAGAUUCACCCCACAGAUUGAGGCCCUUGGCAGACAGCUUAUCUCCACUCUCCAGAGAAGCGGGCAAUUCGUUGUGCUUCACCUGCGCUAUGAGAUGGACAUGCUCUCCUUUUCAGGCUGCACGCAUGGCUGCUCUACUGAAGAAGCUGAGGAGCUCACUAGAAUGAGAUAUGCUUAUCCAUGGUGGAAAGAAAAAGAGAUUGGUUCUGAAGCGAAGAGGCUUCAGGGACUUUGCCCCCUCACGCCAGAGGAGAUUACUCUAGUGCUUAAAGCUCUAGGGUUCACAAAGGACACGCUGAUCUACAUUGCUUCUGGUGAGAUCUAUGGCGGCGAAAGGCGCUUGGCAGUGCUCAAGGCUGCGUACCCUAAACUAGUAAGGAAGGAGAAGAUUCUAUCUCCUGAUGAACUGCGGCCGUUCCAGAACCAUUCGACCCAGAUGGCAGCGCUGGAUUACAUGGUCUCUCUAGCGAGCGAUAUUUUCAUUCCCAGCUAUGACGGAAAUAUGGCAAGGGUUGUUGAAGGUCACCGCAGGUCCGCAUCUCUGGAUUCCGUUCGGAACAUUAAUAAUCACUAGCUGGAUGACCGUGCGUUGCAACGGGAAUAUAUAAUAACAGUAUACUACGAUAGCUUAUAUACAAAA